AUGAAUCGAUAUGAGUGUAUUUCUGCCUGGUCGGACCAUGGACCCUCGCACCAACACCAACCCGUCUCCGUGUUGUCUGCCCUCGCAGGCGUUUUCGGUGGCUCCCGCGAGACGAUUCCGAAUGCGACAUGGGGUGCCGCGUUUGUCGGGCGCGCAAGCAACGGCGAUGCCCCGUCGUCGCCCAUCACGGCUGCCUCGCUUCGCAAGAUCCGCACCUACCGCAGCUGCCAGGCCUGUCGGCUGAGCAAGACCAAGUGCAACGGCGGCAGACCCAAAUGCGCUCGCUGCGAGGUCAAGGGCGCCGAGUGUCUCUACGACGGCGGAUCGGCCCCGCGUUGGACGAGGAGCCUCAGGCGGACGAGCAAGAUGGAAUUGACGACGACGACGGCGGCGGCGGCGGCCAUGGCCUUGAAGAUGAACGGCGUGGAGGAAGCGGAGAAGUCGCCGCAGGGCCCUGCAGCAGCCGCCGGGGCCGAGCAUGUUUUGCCGUCACCCAUAUCCGAUGCCGCAACGAGUCCCGAGCACGACGCCGUCGAGCACCCGCUGUCGUGGUUGCUGUCCCCCGACCUCCCGAGCCCGCGCAACCUCCGCAAGGUGGUCGAACAGUACUUUUCCAACGUCCAUCCCCUACGCUGCUUUGCUUUUGUCCACAAGCCGUCGUUUAUGCAUCAGCUUGACAGGGGAUUUACGUCGGAUGACGAGUCGGCCCUUUUGCACGUCAUCUGCGCCCACGGGGCCAAGUAG